AUGAGCGAAGCUAGAGUAAAUGUAGCUGCUCUUCUGAAAAAGAAUGCUCACAGAAGAGAUUUGGUGGGGGGAGAAAGUAUCUGUGGGGAAACUAUGGAAAUGAGAAAAGAGACAAAGCAGGCUGAAAAUGCUCAGAGUAAGAAAAGUUCUUCAGCCCGCAAAUUCACAGACAAGCAUGAAUGGGUAUCCGUUGAAAAUGGCAUUGGAACAGUAGGAAUCAGCAAUUUUGCACAGGAAGCAUUAGGAGAUGUUGUUUACUGUAGUCUUCCAGAAAUUGGGACAAAAUUGAGUAAACAUGAUGAGUUUGGAGCUUUGGAAAGUGUGAAAGCUGCUAGUGAACUCUACUCUCCUCUCUCGGGAGAAGUGACUGAGAUUAAUACUGCCCUUGCGGAUAAUCCAGGGCUCGUCAAUAAAUCUUGUUAUCAAGAUGGUUGGCUUAUCAAGAUGACUGUGGAAAACCGGAAUGAGAAUGCUUAUGAGAAAUACAUAAAAUCCAUUGAGGACUGAGCUGGAAUAAUGAAAUAAAUCCAUAUAAAAUA